CACGUGCUGAGCCCGGUGAGAACGAUCGAGUUCGAGAACACGCUUAUCGUCAUCCCCGGCGACGAAACACCGACUUUAUAUGGAUACAUUUCCGUAUGCGUUUUCCGGUGUUUUGUCGUUUGUUUUUUUUUUUAAAAAAGAAUUCAUCUCAAAAAUUACAAAAAAUAAAAUGCAUUCACUUGGUUUACAUAACAAGUAAAUAACAUCGCAUAUUUAUUGUUGACGAAAACCUCAAUUGAAGUAUUUUCACAAUGGAAGGCAAUAUAGAUGACAAUAUUCUGCGCAAUUGUACAGCAAUGGUGCUAUCUUCAGAAUUUGAUCAAUCAUCAAAAGAACUGGAACAUUACAAUUCCACUGCACUUUUGGCAAUAUUGGGAAAUGUGUUAAAAGCGGCUGAUUUGACGAUGUCCAAACGCACAAUCGCCAAAGAUCGAUUGCAUGAUUGUGUUUAUCCUCUACCGGAGCCAUCGCAUAAUAUUUCCACGUGGCACAAGUUAAUCUGGUCCACUGUUUUUAUUGCCAUGUUAAUCGUUGCCAUCGUCGGGAACUCAAUUGUCAUAUGGAUAGUGGCAGCUCACAGACGAAUGCGAACUGUAACUAACUGUUACAUGGUCAGUCUGAGUAUCUCCGAUUUGUUUAUGGCUUCACUCAAUUGUCUACCAAACUUUAUUUAUAUGCUCAACUCUGAUUGGGCUUUUGGUCUGGAACUUUGCAUGGCAUCUAAUUUCAUUGCCUACUGGACAGUCGCAUCAUCAGUCUUUACGUUGGUCGCAAUCACCCUCAAUAGGUACAUGGCCAUUGUGCAUCCACUUCGACAUAGGAGGUCAAAGACGAGAACUCAAACGGUGCUUGUUCUCAUUUGGCUAAUCAGUGUGUUUCUAGCGUUGCCGUGCAUUUUAUAUUCUGACCUUAAAACAAAAAGGUACAUGAAUGGAGAACUAAGAAGGGCGUGUUACAUGCUCUGGCCAGAUGGAAGGUACCCGAAUUCUAAAACCGAAUACAUAUAUAACAUAUUGUUUCUAUGCGUCACUUAUAUAAUACCAUUGGCCGUGAUGGCUGUAUGCUACUCGAUCAUGGGUAGAGAACUAUGGGGAAGUAAAACCAUUGGACAGAUGACACAGAGACAUGUGGAGUCAAUCAAAUCGAAGAGAAAAGUCGUGAGAAUGUUUGCUGUAGUAGUGACAAUUUUUUUAAUUUGUUGGUUGCCUUAUCACUCGUUUUUCGUAUACGCAUACCACAACAAGGGCAUAGUAGUCAAAACGUAUGUGCAAGAUCUGUUCCUGAGUUUCUACUGGUUAGCAAUGUCAAAUUCGAUGGUGAAUCCGAUAAUUUAUUAUUGGAUGAAUCCUAGAUUCAGAGCAUAUUUCAAGUUAAUCAUAUGCUACUGUGGAGGCAUAAGAAAUCCUGACAAAGCGUCUAUUGACCUUAACGUGAUUCGAAUGAACGGUGAAUCUCACUAUUACUUGACCCGGUCCAAAUCAGUGGAACGAUUAACCAGGUCCAGUAUCGUUGGGAGUCCAACACUUACGGCGCCCACCAGAAACCCAAGUAUUAUGUCUACCCAGAGGCUACAGCGAAGUAGUACGGCACUCACCAAACACACGAAAUAAUCAAGAAACAAAGGCGAUUCAAAGGUAAAACUCAAGUUCUAGGCUUCAGAAACUACAGAAGACUAGACAACUUUCUACACAGAAGCCUAUCUAUAAUCAAUGACGUUGAUGAUGAAUGUCAUACGAAGAUCCAAUUUUUGAAAAUCCAAAACCUAUUGUAAAUAAAACGACAAC